AUGUCGGUCUUAUUCUUCUUAUCAACCAUUUUUCUAAUUCUCUCGAAUGGUUAUGCGUCGUCAUAUCCACUUUAUGCACGCGCCAAUGUUCGUCUGGAUAACAGUGCAUCAGUAAUUGGUACACUCUAUUUCAUCCAAGCAACUCGAACAAGUCUCGUCAUUAUUCGCGGAACAUUAGCCGGUUUGGUGCCGAAUCAAACAUAUCAUGGGUUUCAUGUUCACACAUCUAAAGUCAGCGAAACUAGGCCAAACUGUACAGCAGCCGGUGCUCAUUUUAAUCCCUACAAUCGAACACAUGGUGCACCCAUUUCACCAAUCACACAGCGACACGUCGGAGAUCUAGGAAAUAUCUAUGCCGAUCAGUAUGGUAGUGCCCAGAUUUUGAUCAUUGAUAAAAUCAUUAAGUUGACCGGCGCGAGCCAGUCGAUUAUUGAACGUACAAUUAUUGUUCAUAGAGAUGUGGAUGAUUAUGGCCUGGGUGGACAAAGUGAUUCACUGACAACAGGACACGCUGGUGCACGUAUCGCAUGUGGUCUAAUACAGUCGACAUCGAUGACAGAGAAAGAAGCAUUUUUAAAGUUUUUGUCUUAA